AUGGUUAAGGAGAACAAUUACAAUGGCAAUAAUGCUAUUAAUCUGGUUCCCGAAGCAAAUAGAGCACUGCAGGAUUAUGCUAUUCCUCUUUUGCAAGGUUUACACCGAAGCAUUAGGAGACCUUCUAUCAAUGCAAAUAAAUUUGAAAUUAAACCAGCUUACAUUCAGAUGAUCCAAUCUUCAGUCCAAUUUGGUAAGUUACCCAAUGAUGAUCCUAAUUCUCAUUUGGUAAAUUUCCUGGAGAUUUACGAUGCCUUUAAAUACAAUAGAGUAACUGAUAAUGCUAUUAGAUUGAGACUGUUUUCGUUUUCUCUGAGGGAUAAAGCAAAAAGCUGGCUUAAUUCACUGCCCAAUGGGUCUAUCACUACAUUGGAGGACUUGGGUCAAAAGUUUCUCGCAAAGUUUUUCUCACCUACAAAGAUUGCAAAAAUGAGGAAUGAUAUCACCUCAUUCAUACAAUUUGAUGUUGGGUUAAUAAAAAUCACAAUUGAUGUUGCUGUUGUUGGGGCAUUAAUGAGUAAGAAUGCUGCAGAUGCUUAUAAUUUGUUAGAAGAGAUGGCCUCAAUAAUUAUCAAUGGCCUUCAAAAAGGUCCUUCCAAUCCAAACCUUAACAUGCCUCCUGGUAUUCAACGACAAGCUAGACCACCAAUUCCUGAAAAGAAGUCCCAAACCCAAGUGGGACAGCUUGCAAAUUCCAUCAACAAUAAACCUCAAGGUGCCUUACCAAGUGAUACACAAGUCAAUCCCAAAGGUAAUGAGCAUUGUAAUGCAGUUACCCUUAGGAGUGGAAAAGAAGUUGAAGGGGUGAAUGAAAAAUCAAUUGAAUAUUCAAAGAAGCAUAUAUAUGAUGAAAAGGUAAUUGUUGAGAAAGAAGUUGAGGUGGAAAAGACAGAUAAUGGGCAAGUUAAAAAUCGAGGGAAUUCUCAAGCAAAUUAUCUUCCACCAUCAUUCCCACAAAGGUUGAAAAAGCAAAAGCUUGAUAAACAGUUUAAGAAAUUUCUCAAUGUCUUUAAGAAGCUCCACAUAAAUAUCCCUUUUGCUAAAGUUUUGGAAAACAUGCCAAGUUAUGUUAAAUUCUUGAAAGACAUCUUAACCAAGAAGAGGAAACUAGAAGAUUUUGAAAUAGUGGCACUUACUGAGGAGUGUAGCGCAAUAAUUCAAAACAAGCUUCCACCAAAACUUAAGGAUUUAGGGAGUUUUUCUAUCCCUUGUACUAUUAAUAGAUUUAAAUUUACUAAAGCUUUAUGGGAUUUGGGUGCAGGUGUUUCAAUUAUGCCUUUGUCGAUUGCUGAGAAACUUGGACUUAAUGAGAUACGACCUACCAUAGUUUCUUUGCAAUUAGCAGAUAAAACAAUCAGGUACCUUGUUGGGAUUAUUGAGGAUGUAUUGGUUAAAGUUGGGCAUCUCUACAUUCUGGUGGAUUUCAUUGUGCUUGAGAUGGAAGAGGAUCUAGAAAUUCCUUUAAUCUUGGGACGACCAUUCUUGGCUACUGCAGGUGUAAUCAUUGAUGUGAGGGAAGGCAAGAUAACUUUUAAAGUUGGAGAAGAGGUAAUUGGUUUCGAAAAAAGUAAAAAAAAAAAGAUCAAAAAAGCUGAAACAAAAUGUUUCAGCAUCGCGGCCUUCAAAGGGAUUGUCGUGGCACUGGACAAACCAAGGAAAGUAGAACGUUUGAGCACCGCAGCGCUAAAACCCAAAGUGUAA